AUGGGGGAUAAGGCGAUCACAAUCCGUACGAGGAAAUUCAUGACUAAUCGGCUUCUGUCCAGGAAGCAAUUCGUCAUUGACGUUCUCCAUCCAGGAAGACCAAAUGUUUCCAAGGCUGAGUUGAAGGAGAAAUUGGCGAGGAUGUAUGAUGCUAAAGAUUCAAAUUCCAUAUUUGUGUUCAAGUUUCGAACCCAUUUUGGAGGGGGCAAAUCUACUGGUUUUGGUUUGAUCUAUGAUUCUGUUGAGAAUGCUAAGAAAUUCGAACCAAAAUACAAGCUUAUCAGGAAUGGCCUGGCCACCAAGGUAGAGAAGUCAAGGAAGCAGUUGAAGGAGAGGAAGAACAGGGCCAAGAAAAUUCGUGGUGUAAAGAAGACAAAAGCUGAUACUACCAAAGGGAAGAAGAGAUAA